AUGUCGUUCGAAGUUGACUUUCAACAGUUUCUGGUUGAUCUUCCUGGACAACUAUCUCAGGCUCGACGACAAGCUUUCAGUAGUAAUUUGAAUAUGCUCGAAUUUUGGAAUAGACGUUUGCAAGACUUUUUACAUGUUUUAAGCGUUUUCAUUAGGAGGUGUGAAUGUGCGACAGAAACACCUGAAAGUUUGUGUGUGUAUCUAAGAGAGCUUUUUGUAGAAAUUGGUAAUCUACACAAUUUAGUUGAGAGUAACAUCUUUGCUGAUGAAAGCUACUUACCAGAAAUGACUGCACACUCUGUUAGGUGCCCUGAAGAGCACAAUGAAGGUGCCUGUGGCAGACCUAGAAAAUUAUUAGAGAAGGAAGAAAUUGCGAACCUGUUUGAGAUACACAAUUCAUGGCAUACAGUAGCUCAACUAUUGGGAAUAUCAGAGAAAACUUUGAGGAGGAGGAGACAUGAGUAUGGUAUGAGCAUUGCAAGUUCUGUGGGACCACGUUCAACCUUUACCAAAAUAUCAGAUGAGGACUUGUGUACAGUUAUCAGUGAUGCUUUGAGGAUAUUACCUAAUGCUGGGGAAAGCUACAUAAUUGGUGCUUGCAGAUCAAGAAAUCUUCACGUGCAAAGGUGGCGCAUUAGAGAGGCUAUUCUAAGAGUUGACCCAGUCAGCAGAGCAUUGCGAAGGACAACUAGCAUUAUUAGGCGGACCUACAGUGUUCCUGCGCCAAAUUCUCUAUGGCAUAUUGAUGGCCACCAUAAGCUAAUUAGAUGGAGAUUUGUUAUUCAUGGAGGGAUUGAUGGAUAUAGUCGACUCAUUGUUUUUUUGAAGUGCAGCACAAACAACUUGUCCAAUACUGUUCUGGCACUUUUUCAGGAAGCUGUUGCUGUUUAUGGAUUACCAUCCAGAGUUCGAGGUGAUUUUGGGGUUGAGAAUGUGAAGGUGGCACAAUAUAUGCUAAAUCACCCACAGAGAGGGAUCAAUCGUGGAAGUAUGAUAUUGGGUAGUUCCGUUCACAACCAAAGAAUUGAGCGUCUGUGGGGGGAAGUAAAACGUGUUGUAGUGGGACAUUACCAAAACAUAUUUUACUUUUUGGAAAAUCAAGCACUCCUUGACCCCUUGGAUGAAAUACAUCUUCAUUCCCUUCACUAUGUCUAUUUGCCACGAAUAAACAAAGCUCUUAAAGAAAUGUCCAAUGUCUGGGCAUUUCAUCCUCUCUCUUCCGCUCAAAACCGAUCACCUAAUCAACUUUGGCAUCUUGGAUUAUCAAGAUUUCACAACUUGGACCCAGAGACAGAAGACCAGGCUUUGGUUGGCAAUUGGAAUGAAUAUGGGUUGGAUGAAGAUGCACCUUUGCCAAAUGUCAAUACUGAUAAUAAUGUUCAGGUACCUGAUAAUAGGAUACAACUGACAGAGGAGCAAAUUGAACUUUUGGGAGCAGCGAUAGAUCCAAUGGCUUUUGAUGAUAACGAGGGCAUCAACAUUUACCAGGAAACGGUGCAAUAUUUAAAAGAUUUAUUAUCUGAAUAA